GGCAGGUUUCCUUAUGAAAAGAAACAAAGACUCAAUAGCAAGAAGCUUCAUCAAAUAAGGAAAUCUCUUUUCUUCAAAUAUUCUGGAGGCCAACUUUUAUAGUGCAUCCAUAGGAAGCGUCUCCACUACAGCCUUUCACUGCGCAGGAGGCAGACUGAAGAUGUAGGCAGCUGGCAAAUGUGAAAGCAAUGAAGAGGUGUUGUGAGGUUGACAGUGCUUUUUAUAGUACGUGAGUUUUCUGGGAAGGACAUAAGAAGGGAGAUAAACAAGAGAUGAUUGUGGCAAGCUGAGAAGCAGCUGUAGCAGACCAAGAUGUUCCGAAGAGAAGAUCACUGCAGAAAGGUCCGCAGGCUCCAUCAGACACCAGCUGAGCACGUUGCAGCAGUGCAGGUGUUACCAUGAGGAUCAGGAGGUGUCCUGCCUGCUCUGCAGCUUGUCUUCUGGUCCUGCUAGGUAAACACCAGAGAGAGCCCAAAAUGCGGGCAGAGCAUCCAUUUUAAGAGAGCUGACAAGCCAGUUCCUGUCCAUACAUGCAUCUGUGGAAGAGUACUCCAAAUCCAGGGGCCUCUGUGGCGCUGCAUGGAUGUAAGAACUGUUGCACCUCUCGGCUUAGACUCUGCUUUUUGAGAAAUGAUGCUCCGACGAGGGUUUAUUAUAUUUCUGCCCCGACUCGUAGGCCUGCUGGUGGUGGCCUGUUGCUCCGUGUCUAUCGUUUACAUGUUGGCUUGCACACCCAGGGGUGACAACGAGCAGCUUGCCUUGCCCAGGGUGCACGGUCCGACUGCGAAGGAGGGGUACGAAGCUAUUCUCCAGGAGCGAGAAGAGCAGCACCGCAAUUACAUCGUCAGCUUGAAGAAACAAAUUGCCCAGCUGAAGGCUGAGCUCCAGGGCAGGAGCGAACAGCUUAAGAACGUGCAGGACCAGUUCCCAGACCCCUUGGAUGUUCGGCUUGAUCCUGGUAACCCAGAGAAGGCCCAGGCUAACCUGCUGGCUUUCCUCCGUUCCCAAAUAGACAGAGCAGAGGUGCACAGCGGCGUUAAGCUGUCCACGGAGUACGCGGCCGUGCCCUUUGAGAGCUUUACCCUGCAGAAGGUGUACCAGCUGGAGACGGGGCUGACGCGCCACCCAGAAGAGAAGCCCGUGAGGAAGGAUAAGCGAGAUGAGCUGGUGGAGGUGAUCGAGUUAGCUGUUGGGAAUCUGAACAAUCCAGAGGGAGACAGCAACGCAAAGCGCCGCGUGUACACAGCCUCGGACUUCAUCGAAGGGAUCUACCGCACAGAAAAAGACAAAGGCACGUUGUAUGAGCUGACUUUCAAAGGAGACACGAAACAUCAGUUCAAGAAGAUUGUUCUAUUUCGGCCAUUUGGUCCUGUAAUGAAAGUCAAAAACGAAAAUCUCAAUAUGGCUGACACACUUAUUAAUGUCAUCGUGCCCUUGGCCAAGAGAGCUAGCAAAUUUCGGCAAUUCAUGCAGAAUUUCAGGGAAAUGGGCAUUCAGCAGGAUGGGAGAAUUCACCUCACUGUAGUUUACUUCGGAAAAGAACAAAUGAAUGAAGUCAAAUCUAUACUUGAAAAUACCUCUAAAUCAGCCAACUUCAAGAACUUCACCUUUAUCCAGCUGAAUGAAGAAUUUUCCAGGGGCAAAGGAUUAGACAUUGGAGCUCGAGUCUGGAAAGGAAGUAACGUUGUUCUUUUUUUUUGCGACGUGGACAUAUAUUUCACAGCUGAAUUCCUGAACUCUUGUAGAUUGAACACACAGCCAGGAAAGAAAGUGUUUUAUCCUGUUCUCUUCAGCCAGUAUAACCCCAGUAUAAUAUAUGGCCACCAGGAUUCCAUCCCAUCUUUAGAACAGCAGCUAAUUAUUAAAAAAGAAACAGGAUUUUGGAGAGACUUCGGUUUUGGGAUGACUUGCCAGUACCGAUCUGAUUUUAUCAACAUAGGUGGCUUUGACCUGGAUAUUAAAGGCUGGGGUGGUGAAGAUGUGCACCUGUACCGCAAAUACCUUCACAGCAACCUCAUUGUGAUCAGAACGCCCGUCAGGGGGCUCUUCCAUCUCUGGCACGAAAAGCGAUGUGUGGACGAGCUGACCCCAGAGCAGUACAAAAUGUGCAUGCAGUCCAAGGCCAUGAACGAGGCUUCUCACGGCCAGCUGGGGAUGCUUGUAUUCAGGCAAGAGAUUGAAACUCACCUGCACAGACAGAAACUGAGCAGUAAGAAGACAUGAAGCCAGAAAGGUGGGCAAAAAGCCUCUGAAUGGAUUUUUUUUAUUAUUUUUUGUGAAAGGAGUUGCUAACUAGAAAAGAUGGGAUGAGACUGAAAGCCAAUGGGGAUUCUAGCAGCCUGGCAGCAAAGCAGAUGAGGGAAGUUCUUGUCCUCACUAAUUCUGGCUUUUCUUAAUAGGGCUUUUAAGUUCUCCAUUAGCCUGACUGUCCAGUGCUUGCUCCUGGGGGAGACUUGAACGCUUGAUGAGAUUCGAGGUCAUGGAGACAAUGAACAUUACGUGAAUGCCAGUGUGCUACAAUAACAAAUGGAUGUGCUUCUCUGUGGAAGUGUUUGUAAGAUGUGUGCGGUUGUUUAAAGGAUUGACCCUUUGGUGAACCGAUAAUAACGAGUCAUUUUCUACAUGUCUAAAAAGGGCUGCUGUCAAAAAGUAUGGUUUUCUUUCUGAAAAGAAAACCUGAUUGUUAACGAUGGUUAAGCUGGAGUGACCAAAAAUCUUUUACCCUUACGGGGCUGGGAUGGGGGAACAGCAGCAGUUCACUUACAGUUGAUUCAGAGACAAGAAAUCUCAGUGCUUUCUAAAAUUCAGAAAGACAAAGCCUUGCCAGUCAAGUGUGAUGUUUCAAAAAUGCUGCAGGUUAGCAUUGAUUCUAUUUUGUGGACAGGGAACGAAAAGCAACGAGCCAUGUCUGUACCACGUGAAUCAGAUGGUGUAUUCCUGCGUUACAGUGCUAUAAGUAUCUCAAGAUUCAUUUUUAAAUGGAGUUGGUUUUGCUUGAGAAUUAUGUUGUUAUACUUGCGGUUUUCUAAUUCUAACCUUACUGGGAAAUAGUACAGCCUUCCAAUGCUGGGAAAAUGCUCUGCAGAUCUGUUUUUCCUGUGAAUGGGAGCUGGGUUCAGAUAAGUGAAGUGAUGUUACUACAGAACCUGUGUGCUGGACGAAGCUUUAUGCUGGAGAAAAGGAAACGCAUUUCAACUUGCAGUACUGAUUUAACGGGAGACUUUAAACUCUGAAUGCCAGAUACCAAAAUUAAUGAACAUUUUCUGCCUUUAUACCAAAGUUUUCCUUCUAAACCAAAUCUAGAAUCUUGCCCAGGGCAUAGCAAAGUUUUUUGUAAUUAAGAAAAUAAAUUUUUAUGGUGG